UCCCUUGUUGAGUGUAAGGACAGAGCUGCUAUUGUUCCCAACCCACUCCUACCUAAUAUGGAAUUCGCAAGGAAACCCAUGAUUUCCUGACACAGACAUAGCAAACCCCGCGAGGAGGACUAGGGAGCGCGAAUCUGAAGAAUUUAGAGGAGAGAGGCAGGCCCACAAAAGCCGGUCAAAAUGUUCGUGUGCUCGGAGUUGGAAUCUAUAUCGUGACCGGAUGGUGUGUGCGCGGCUGAGCAACUGAUUUCGUGAAUUCGCCAUAGGUCUCUCCCGUGAGCUACAGAGGUGUGGACCAACAACUUAGGUCAUCUCAUUCUACACAAUAAGGGUGUGGCAAUAAACAUAGCGACCUGUUAUCACGGCACUUUUGAUAACAAUACGGGACCUUCAGAAGCAAAACAGCAAAGUUGUUUAUGAUCCGUUUGCGCAAGGGAUUCUGCGCAGCGUGUCCACUGAAUAGACAAUUUACAGUGAAAGCAGACGUGUGUGGAUUUUACGUCUGCCAUGCCUACCCGCCGGAUUAGGCAGAAUGCCACAGCCCUGACUGAAGAUGGGGGUAAAAAUGACAGUAUUGGACACACUGUGAAAAAGAUGUUAAAGUGCGUGGUUGUGGGCGACGGAGCUGUGGGCAAAACCUGUUUGCUGAUGAGCUACGCCAACGAUGCUUUCCCAGAGGAAUAUGUGCCGACCGUAUUCGAUCAUUAUGCAGUGAAUGUGACUGUGUCUGGGAGGCAGCAUCUACUGGGACUGUACGACACUGCAGGACAGGAGGACUACAACCAGCUGAGGCCACUGUCCUACCCAAACACGGACGUCUUCCUCAUCUGUUUCUCUGUGGUCAACCCAGCCUCCUACCAUAACGUCCAGGAGGAGUGGGUCCCAGAGCUCAAGUCCUGCAUGCCCCACAUCCCCUACAUUCUCAUUGGGACACAGAUUGAUCUUCGAGAUGACCCCAAAACCCUGUCCCGGCUACUUCAGAUGAAGGAAAAGCCGUUGACUUACGAGCAGGGCCUUAAACUGGCCAGAGAGAUCGGGGCCCAGUGUUACCUGGAAUGUUCGGCACUGACUCAGAAGGGCCUGAAGACGGUGUUCGAUGAGGCCAUCCUGACCAUCUUCAGCCCUAAGAAGAAGAAGACUGGCUGCUCGCCCUGCAGGAGUUGCUGCACCAUAGUAUGAAGAGUCUUCAGGGAGCUCAUCUCUCCUCUCUCCUUCAACCACCUCCUCCACCACCACCACCACCACCCAUCCACACAGGAACUUCUGCAACACAAUAUGAGGCGUCCUCAGGGUGCUCCUCUUUCACCAUUGUAUGAGGAGUCCUCAUCUAUCUAUCUAUCUAUCUAUCUAUCUAUCUAUCUCUCUAUCUCUCUAUCUCUCUAUCUGCCAUCAAAGUUUGCUGUUUCCCUCUUCCUCUGCCCUCCUAUGAGUGGUCUCAGGAAAGCCAAACCCCUCUCAGCAUCCAGGAAAUUUGAAGAGCUGACACUCAUCACUGUACACUCCUCCGUCAGCAGCGCCAGUGACCACCGGAUCCCGGGGACAUCAGUAGUGCCUUUUCCUCCCAUCACUCUCACAGGCACAAUAAGCACACACUGCCCUCACCCUGUCGGGAGAGAGACAGCCUUCAUUGACAGGAUUGUAGCCCCUUCUCACCCCCCAGUACUCUGUGCCCUGCAGAUUUGUCGAAGGGCCAACCUUUGCACUCCUCCAGACUUGCGGUUGUUUGAUCGCUUGAACCGCCGUGUGCGUCACAGACUUUUCUCGAGGCCUGUGAGAAAAUGGAGAAAAUCCAUUCCACCACUGCUACUGCUGCGGCACCCGCUCCCUUCCUCACCCCAUCCUCCCCAUACAUGGUGUUUGUUUUUUUUUUUUCCUUCGUCUUCUUCUUCUUCGUGGCGAGGGAUCGAUAGAGUGCUCUUUGCAGAGUCAAUGCCUUCACAGUCCGAGCCAGUUAAUAAGGCAGAUCCUCAGGGGGAGCGUAGCGGACCGGGGCGUCAAUAAGGAGACAGCUGUUACGGAGCGGAGCUGUGUGGAGAGCUGAAGGAGCGAAAGAGCGAGAGAAAGAAAUGAGUGAGAGAGAGAGAGAGAGAUAGAGAGAGAGAUGAAAAGAGACUGAGAGCAUCUGAGACGGUACUCUCAUCAAAUGAUUCAGUGUUUAAGUGGGUCGUUUCAAAUGAACUGUUCCUAGACACACACACACACACACACACACACACACACACACACACACACACACACACACACACACACACACACACAGCUCGAGCUAAGCAUCUUGUGCUUCCGCUGUACAGUUCUUUAUAUCUGAUUUGAGUGCCGAGAUGAUUUCAGUAUCGGCGAAGGAAGAUUGUAAUUUGUAAUGUAAUGGAAGAGAGGAUUAAGGGAAAAUAAUGGAUGUUAUCUUUCAUCAAGAAACUGUAACAUCAAGCACAUACCUGAGGACUGCUACCAAAUGACUUUAACUAAUGUGAACACAAGUGUUAAAGAGACAUAAAUGUGUUUGAUUCAUCAGAGGACACACACACACUCUCCCACACACAUGAUAAGAUACUGUAAGCAAGACACACCCAAAGAGGCUUGCUCAUCCCACGAGCUCUGAGGGCUUUCAAUGUUUGCUGAGGUCACAAACUCCACAGAAAGUGUCAGAUUACAAGUUUUCCAAAGGAUAUGAGCAAACGUCCACAGGGCAGAAUCUGCACUUCCCCCAUGACCUUCUGUCUGUUAACUGGAGGAGCUUUCUGAGAGCUUUCUCCGAGUCACGCUGACAAAUAGGAGUGUAAAUGAAUGUCGUCGUCCAGUGCUUGUUUCACCUAUUCUUAGACACACGGUCUCCACAAACAGAGCAUCUCACACAUACACACACAUACACACUUUCCACAAACACUGGCUAACUGUUCCAGCCUCCCUACAGCCCAUUUCUCUCUACACACACACACACAACCCUUCUCCACGCCCCCCCCCCCCCCCCUUCGUUGACCUCCAUGACAAAAAAAAACACAAAACCUCUUUGUUCCCCCGCCAUGUUUGCCCGUCUGCUGGGCGACACUGGCUAGGACUUGUCGUGCCGAAAAAAUGUUCUUUUCUACUCACUGUCAAGUUAACGAUGUUUUGAUUUAUCUGGUUUGGCCUGCUACGUUUAACCGUGUUUGUCCAGAGGAGUUCAAGAGCGUGUCAAGAAUGUGUUGAAUCUUCUUCCGAGUGACUGAGCCUUUUUUUUUGUCUUUCGCCAUGGACUGCAUGGACAGUGAAGCUAAGAAGCGUGUUUGGUCUGUCACCAAUAUAACAGGCGCACUCUUAAGACCAAAGGACUCGAUCACAGAACUGUGUGUGUGUGCAUGUGUGUGUGUGUGUGUGUGUGUGUGUGUGUGUGUGUGAGUGAGUGUCUUGACUACACCAUUGUGGUUCAGGAGGCCAAAGUACAAAGACUUUUGUAAAAAAAAGAAAAGCUAACUUUAGUCCUGUUUCAGGAUGCUCUGUAUUUGUUUAGAGUUUAAUGGUACCAUGAGAAAGCUUCAACUCUUCAUAGGCUUUGAGCAGGACAUGUGAGGAGGCGAUGGAAACAUUAUUAUCAUUUGUUGUUGUUGUUUUCGAUAAAAACGUGCAACCUCAGGAGAAGUUCCUCUGCGUAGGCCAUAAGGCCUUGGUGGUAUUUCUUGUGACCCGAGAAAGAGGAUCGACAUGCCAAACAAACAAGUGGAAAAAGAGCAAAGCCUCCAUUAAGUGCCUUCGAUGUAGCGUAAGACAUCAUACCCACCCCUCUCUUGACCCCCCCACGCCCCCUAGCCAUCAUUGUUUCUUAAGUGCACUUAUGACACCUGUGCCUUCAUUUGCCCCUAUGCAAACUCUUUACUGUAAUCAUACUCAUCUGUUCAGCCCCAGAGCUGGCUGAAAGAGCAAUAACUUGAACCGUAUGAGAGUAACUGUAAAACUAUUUAUGUGUUUUUAAAAAAAUCAUUAUCAUUGUUUCUAUUUUUGUUUUUAUUUAGAAGUUAGGAUUAUUUCACAUUUGUACUCCUUGUAAUGGUUUGUAUACUAUGUAGAUUACGACUGCUUUUCUCUCUGCCAAAAAAAAAGAUACAUACAAAACAAAAAAUGAUGAUGUUUUUGUAAAUAGGUUUUGAGUGAUUAAAGCUUGUGAAUGAUA